AUGUCCGUCUCGAAUCUUGCUUCCUUCGAGUACCUGGAGAAACUUCCAGGUACCACCUUUAAGAAAUUAUACAAGCAGCCCUCUACUGCUUUGGCUAUCUUUCGGCGCAUGCUGCCGCAUUUAGGCAAGGAUCUUGUUCCGUAUUUGAGACGGCCUGUUGACAUUGUGCAGGAAAGACCUUUGUGAUGUCUCUACUAUAUAUGAAUAAACCAUUUCCAUUGACAGAUCUGGAUCUUUGGGUCCAUCCGAAUAGCAAAAGGCACCACCACUUUCAUGAAUUGCUUUGCUUUCAACGCUGACAAUCGGGAAGACAGAGAGACGAAGCCCUAUCCACACUCUCGCGACUCCACAUCAUUACGGUCACCGCGCCGAGCAGAGAUGAGCCCCAAGUCGUAUCAUUGACGCCAGCUUUCGGAAAAUCGUUGCGACUGGCCCUUACGGGCGGAGGUGAUCACCAAUCCUUUGGUGUACCCUCCAGCGAUGCCGGAACUGCCAAUUUGGAUAUACCCUUUCUUGACGAGUACGCGCGAUCACAAUGGGAGGGGAUAUUACAUUACGUGGUUAGCAAUGUUGCGGAUGGCUCACGCCACGGUGGUCCUUCCCCCAGUAGUGGUGUCAAGGAGCUACUCGAGCUCGGAAACUUGGUCAGUCGAGGGAAACGUGUAUAUGGUGGUAUCACACAAGCCGGAUUUUCAUUUCUGUUACAAGAAGUAAAUGCGCAAGUAUGGACACUUCUGUUAUUGUGGAUCGAAAAUGCUGAGCGCGUUGGUUUACCCCUCCACCAGACGGCGCAUGCAUGCUAACUCAUAUAGCUGGAAAUGGUCGCUGUUGAAGUUCUAUCAUUCGUCUUCAUGCUUGGUUCAUUGGAACUUGGGCGCGCCUACAACAUCCGAACGCUAAAGGACUCGGAGAGGAAGAUGCUACCAAAUUUGGUGGAUUGUGGUCUGGUCUACAUUCCCCAACCAACACCGAAUCAAUUCUUUCCUACAAGACUAGCAACGACACUCACAUCAGAUGCCAGCGCUCUUCGAAGUGUCACUGCUGGAUUUGAUAGUGCCCUAUCAGCUGGAGCUGGAACCACUGGUUUCAUUAUUAUUGAGACGAAUUAUCGUCUUUACGCAUAUACCUCCUCCCCUCUGCAGAUUGCGGUCCUUGCACUUUUUACCAAACUCACUACUCGUUACCCUAAUAUGGUAUGUGGCCGGGUGACUCGACAGUCGAUUUACGCGGCGAUAUCUCAUGGUAUCACAUCCGAGCAAGUCAUCACAUAUCUUUCCACGCAUGCACACACGCAACUUCUCAAAGCUGCAGCUGCAAAGGGUGGCGGUCCAGUGCUGCCUCCAACCGUUGUCGAUCAAAUCAGGCUUUGGCAAAUUGAGAACGAACGAAUGAAGUCGACUCCCGGGUUCCUAUUCAAAGAUUUCGAGGACCAGAAAGAAUACGAAGCUUGCCUGAAAUAUGCAGAUGAGAUUGGCGUAUUGGAAUGGAAGAGUGAUGCCAAGCGGAUCUUCUUCGUCACCAAGAUGGAGCAAUUACGAGAUUAUAUCAAGAGUCGGAAAGGCAAGUAG